AUGUUGGGAGCUCUGAACAUCACUGUCACUCAAGUAUCCAGGUUGUUGGAGCAAUUCUAUCGUGAGUAUGUGGAUCUCUGGGGAGGAGAGAGGCUGGCCCAUAAAGGAGUGGCAGGUGAGGGGGAACUGCAGGUGAUUCAGCCUGAGAGGUCAGUGUCAGUUGCAGCAGGAGAGACGGCCACUCUGCACUGCACCGUGACCUCCCUGAGCCCCGUGGGGCCCAUCAAUUGGUUCAGGGGAACUGGGCCAGAUCGGGAGUUAAUCCACAGUCAAAAAGGAAGUGUCUCCCCCCGAGUAACAAGAGUUACAGAUUACACAAAGAGAUACAACAUGGACUUCUCCGUCCGCAUCAGUAGCAUCACCCCAGCAGACACUGGUGUUUACUACUGUGUGAAGUUCCGGAAAGGAGAACAGGGCGACGUGGAGUUUAAGUCUGGACCAGGCACUCAUCUCACUGUGAGCGCCAAGCCCUCUCCGCCCAUGGUAUCCAGCCCUACAGUGAGGGCAACACCUGAGCAGACAGUGAGCUUCACCUGCACAUCCCACGGCUUCUCCCCCAGAAACAUCUCCCUGAAAUGGUUCAAAAAUGGCAAUGAGCUCUCAGCCUCCCAGACCAGCGUGGACCCAGAGGACGACAACGUUUCCUACAGCAUCACCAGCACAGCUAAAGUGCUGCUGGCUGCGGGAGAUGUUCACUCCCAGGUCAUCUGUGAGGUGGCCCACAUCACCCUGAAGGGGGGCCCUGCUCUCCGUGGGACUGCCAACUUGUCCAAGACCAUCCGAGUUCCACCCACCCUGGAGAUUACCGGACACCCCUCAGCUGGGAACCAGGUGAACAUCACCUGCCAGGUGAACAAGUUCUACCCCCAGCCUCUACAGCUGACCUGGCUGGAGAACGGAAACAUGUCCCGAACAGAAGCGGCCUCAAUCCUCGUAGAGAACAAGGACGGGACCUUUAACCAGACGAGCUGGCUCCUGGUGAACUCCUCUGCCCACAGGGAGGCUGUGGUGCUCACCUGCCAGGUGGAGCAUGACGGGCAGCCGGUGGUCUCCAAAAACCAUACCCUGGAGGUCUCUGCUCCCCAGAAGGACCAGGGCACCCAUGAACUUCCUGGUGAGGCUUCCAUUACAUCUCACAGGGCUUUUCAAAUUUUAUCUUUUUUUAAUUAUUAA